UAUGUUUUCCGGUUUUGUGUUUUGCUAUUUCAUAAAUCAUUAUAACACUCCUGUGAGAAUGCUGAAUUUUGUUUAUUUUAAACAUCAAAACGGCCAUUAAAACGCGUGUUAGCGCUAUGCCCUCCCGCGUUUGGACGGCGAUAGCACUCCAGACAGUUGCAUCAGUUCCUGUGGGUGCGUGUAAACGGCUGUACUGUGGCUGCUCCACGCUACUUUUUAUUCCCAGGACGCAGAGUAGUCAUAAAUCCUCCUCUGCUAGGAAAGGCUGUGAUCAUAAUAAAGACGUCACUCUCCAGCUCCGGUUGGCUCUAAGCGAGCUAAGUGCGCAGCUAUUUGUAAGCUACAACAACAACAACCUCCAGCACCAUGCCCGUGGAUAACGUAGGGAUUUCUCUGACAUCCCCUCGCCGUACGAAGACCAUAUAUCUGCGUCAGAUCCAUAGCAGAGGCAGCCUUUAAUUGCUCCGGAUCUCUCUACUACCAAAAAAGAGAAAAGAAACAAAAAAACAGACAGGGACUUGAUCGCGUUGCGGGCUCCUGUCGCAACAAACAGGACGCAAGACGUGGAUUUGAAGAGUCAUGGAGGAAACAGCUGCUGCAGCUCCAGCCCCUGGCAGCGGGGCAGCUACACCAAACCCAAGACCUCAGCCUUCCUCCUUUGCACCCUCUCGCAGCCUGCUGGAGUGGAGACGGAGGGUCAAAUCUGAGUAUAUGCGGCUUCGCCAGUUAAAGCGCCUUAAAAAAGCGGAGGAGGUCAAGACCCUGUUCAUGUCUAACAGACAAAAGAUUGAGCAGCAGACAAAUCUCCUGAAUGCAGAGUGGUCCAGGCUCAGGAUUCAGUCCAUCCCUCUGUCAACUUCUACUGGAGCUCUGGCCAACAAGAAGGUGAUGUGUACAGUGGAGUUUGGCUUCCCAGCAUUCAAAGCCCAAGCCAUUGCCAUGAGACCCCUGUCAACAGUGGCAGGAAUCCCCUUCAUGUACUCCUGGUCGCCUCUGCAGCACAACUUCAUGGUGGAGGAUGAAACUUUCCUCCACAACAUCCCAUACAUGGGCGACGAGGUGCUGGAGCAGGACGAGGCCUUCCUGGAGGAACUCAUCGACAAUUAUGACGGUGUUCAUGGCGACAGAGAGGGAGGAUUUAUCAGCGACGAGAUCUUUAAAGAGCUGGUGGAGGCCUUGAGCCAGUACUCUGACCACGAGGAGGAGGAAGAGGAGGAAACAGCGGCGAUGGUGGCAGACAUGACUGGAAAGAAGGAGGAUGAGAGAGUGAUGAGGAGGAGCUCAGUGGAGGGGUCAGAAGAGACCAAACCCAGUACUGUGGCAUUCAUCAGGAGGAAGAGGAGGAGCACUACUGAGGUGAGGGAGUCGUCCAGCAGCAAGAAGGUCCCCAACGAUAAGAUAUUUACGGCCAUCGCCUCAAUGUUCCCUUACAAGGGCACCAUGGAGGAGCUGAAGGAAAAGUACAAGGACCUCUUGGAGCCCCCCAACCCGGUGAAAUUGCCGCCCCUCUGCACCCCCAACCUGGAUGGACCUUUUGCGAAGUCUGUGCAGCGGGAGCAGUCGUUACACUCCUUUCACACGCUCUUCUGCAGACGUUGCUUCAAAUAUGACUGUUUCCUCCACCCUUUCCAUGCUACACCCAAUGUUUACAAGAGGAAGAGUAAGGAGAUCCACAUGGAGACAGAGCCAUGUGGUGAAGACUGCUUCCUGUUACAGAAAGGAGCUAAAGAGUUUGUGGAUCAGAAUAUGUUACGAUCACAGAGGACCCGGAGACGCCGAAGGCAGCAGCGUCCCACCAGCUCCAGUUGUCCUGGACCGUCUGAGUCUGCUGAGGACGGCAAACAGGGCGACAGUGACCACGAAACCACCUCCUCCUCAGAGGGGAAUUCACGAUGCCAGACCCCCACCAAGCUACGUCCAGGGGAUGAUGACGGAGCAGAGCAGGCGUGCUGUGUGGUCCAGUGGAGCGGGGCAGAGGAGUCGCUGUUCAGGGUGCUACACGGCACAUACUUCAACAACUUCUGCUCCAUCGCUCGCCUCAUCGGUACCAAGAACUGCAAAGAGGUGUACGAGUUUGCAGUGAAGGAGGUCCUGAUUCAUCGUGUCCCUCUUGUUGAUGGAGGCAUCUCGCCCCAGAAGAAGAAAAGGAAACACAGGUUAUGGGCAAAGAUUCAACUAAAGAAAGAUAACUCGUCCAAUCAAGUGUACAACUACCAGCCAUGUGACCAUCCCGACCAUCCAUGCGACAGCUCCUGCCCCUGUGUGAUGACCCAGAAUUUCUGUGAGAAGUUCUGCCAGUGCGAAAACGAAUGCCAGAACCGCUUCCCAGGCUGCAGGUGUAAGACGCAGUGCAACACUAAACAGUGUCCGUGCUACCUGGCAGUGAGAGAGUGUGACCCAGAUCUGUGCAUGACCUGUGGGGCUGCAGACCACUGGGACAGCAAAGGGGUCUCCUGCAAGAACUGCAGCAUCCAGAGAGGCCUAAAAAAGCACCUGCUUUUGGCUCCAUCAGAUGUUGCCGGUUGGGGCACCUUCAUCAAAGAACCUGUUCAGAAGAAUGAGUUCAUCUCUGAAUACUGUGGAGAGCUGAUCUCCCAGGAUGAGGCAGACCGACGUGGAAGGAUCUAUGACAAAUACAUGUCUAGCUUCCUUUUCAACUUGAACAAUGUAGACUUUGUUGUGGAUGCCACACGAAAGGGGAACAAAAUCCGCUUUGCAAAUCAUUCAGUUAAUCCCAACUGCUACGCGAAAGUGGUGAUGGUGAAUGGAGACCACCGCAUUGGAAUCUUUGCUAAACGAGCCAUUCUGCAAGGAGAGGAGCUCUUCUUUGACUACAGGUAGAGUCACGGGCCUUUUUGUGACUCUCCCUCGUCUUCAAAAUACAGCCAAGCCGAUGCUCUAAAGUAUGUGGGGAUAGAGAGGGAGGUAGACAUGAGUUAACUCCACCUGCAGCCUACCUCCGUAGCCUGUCCUGAACUCCUCAGCCUCCCACUAAUGCUUCUGUUCCUUUCUGCCGCAUCACGUCUAGCUGGCGAGUUUCUGUGAUCAGUCACUGUCUCUACCCUCUCUGCUGCACUUCCAAAAAUAGAAAGUCCCUCCCUGCUGCUGUCUGCAGGUACUCCUGCUCUGCAGAGACCACACCACCUCCUUCAGUGACAGCCGUCAGCCCUCCCGCUCAUCUUCCCGAACUCACCCACGUACCUGCAAUAGACUGUAUACGCCAAACUCAUGAAACUAAACUAUUUAAAGUGGAAAUACUAUUAAUCUUUAUCGCUUAGUGCACCAAGAGGAUCACAUGUUUUUCUUUGUUUUUGUUCCAUAUCGUCAAAACCAGGAGGUUGCGAUUAACCAUAAUACAGUGUGUUACUCUCUCAGCAGUUUUUGUUACUGUACUUAUACACCGGCUUUUGUUUGACCUUUCAACAAGUAACGCAAGCUUUUACAUCAUACCUAAUGAUCAUCAGUGAAAUGCAUGUGCUGUCUCUUGGAUAAGCAAACCAUUAAACAUGUUAGUCACCGCAUUAGUUUCAGUCAGAUGCUGCUCCGUGCAGUCACUCAGUAUUGUAGUGUGAUGUUACCCAGUCUCUGCUCUUCAGAAAAACUUUUGAAGAGCAGGCUGGUUUGACUGCUUGGUAUGUUCUUCUAUAAACCUUUUCAACGACUAGCUUCACCACCACAUCUUUAUGGCAAAUAAGUUCUUGUGCAUUUAUAUCACUGUUCUGCAAAAAUAGGCAACCGGACAAGAAACCGACUGACUGAAUGUAACCUGUAGGUGAUGGUGAAGAGAUCUCAUCCUUCUUAUCAUUUUACACAUUAACCCAUUGUGUUGGUACUCAACUUUACGUGCACAUCAAACAUUUCAUCAUCAUGUUAACAUGAUCUUGAGGCCUUCGCGCUUGUGAGGGAAACAUUUUAAAGAAUUACAUGGUCACACAGUAAAUGUCUUCCUUUAAAAGUUAUAUAAGUGCCAAAUGAUUCCAUGCGGAAAACAGCUGAAACAGUGUGGAUGUGCUGCAUAAUUAACAGAAGAGUGUAACGGUAACCUUUGCAAGGUUAUGACCACAUUAAAACAAAGUUAUCAGUGUUUGACCAAAUAUAAAAGUCCCCCACUUUUAAAUGUAAAAUAUAAUUUGUCAUCUUUUCUUUAUUUUUGUAAUAUGUCCAGAUUUGUUACUCAUCCUGUUUUUCAUUUAUAAAACAUUAAAGCCCACUUUAAAAUGAGAUCUUUCUCAAUAGAGAUGAACAAAAUGGAGUUUACUGCUAUGUACAGUGUAUGCCUAUAAAAAUAAAAGUUUAACUUUAUACAUUAA